AUGUUCAGUUUUAGCAACGAGGGAAUCCACCGCCUUGUCCAAAAAUUCCUGUGGGACCCCGAACCAAAGAACACCGACGCCAUGAACUCCAUCUGGCUCCUCGGCCGCGAGUACCCGAGCGUCCUUCCGCAGUGCCCCGGCGCGCCUCCUCCCUCCGCCGAGACAAGCGGCAUCUUGAACUCACCCAUUCUCACUUCACGUACGGAUACAGAGGGGGAGUCGUCGUGGCCAAAACCAUUCCUGGAUGACUUCGAGUCCCGCAUCUGGAUGACGUAUCGCAGCGACUUUGCGCCCAUCGCAAAGUCGGCGGAUAACGCCGCAGGCCUCUCGUUUAUUACGAACCUGAGAAGUCAAAUGCCGAAUCAAGCGGCGGGGUUUACUAGCGAUAGCGGGUGGGGGUGCAUGAUACGCUCGGGGCAGUGUGUGCUUGCGAAUACGCUGUUGGAGCUGCAGCUUGGUCGGGAUUGGCGACGUGGACAAAACCCGGCGGCAGAGAAGAAGCUAUUAGCGCUAUUUGCAGACGACCCGAAGGCUCCAUUCUCUAUUCAUCGCUUUGUUAAGCAUGGGGAGGAAGCUUGUGGGAAGCACCCGGGAGAGUGGUUUGGCCCGUCAGCGGCUGCGAGGUGUAUUCAAGAGCUAUCAAAUAACUACGAGCCCGCCGGCCUCCGCGUGUAUAUUACCCGCGAUGGUGGCGACGUCUACGAAGAUGCCUUCCGCAAAGUCGCAAUUGUCGAUGGGGUCUUCAAGCCCACGCUUGUCCUCGUUGGGAUCCGUCUCGGCAUCGAGCGGGUUACACCAGUCUACUGGGAGGCUCUAAAGGCCUGCGUACAGAUGCCGCAGUCCGUCGGUAUCGCUGGCGGUCGCCCAUCAUCAUCGCACUACUUCGUCGGCGUCCAGGGCGACACCUUCUUCUACCUCGACCCACAUCAAGCCCGUCCGCUUCUCCCCCACCGUGAAAAACCGGAAAACUACACUUCCGAGGAGAUUGAGACAUGCCAUACUCGCCGCUUACGUAGACUGCACCUCAAAGAGAUGGACCCCAGCAUGCUUUUAGCGUUCCUGAUAAAGAACGAGGCAGACUGGAAAGAAUGGCGGCGAGGCGUCAGUGAAGUGCAAGGCAAGAAAGUCAUCAAUGUCGCCGACUCGGAACCAAGUGUACAUGGGCACACAGGCGGCCCUAGAGACGAGGCAAUCGCCGAAGUAGAGGCUUUUGACGACGAUAGUGACGAGGGACUGCAGUAG